ACUUCCGCUGAGCGAGGAGCAAGAUGGCAGCCUCCGAGACGGUCAGGCUGCGGCUUCAGUUUGAUUAUCCACCACCAGCCACUCCGCACUGCACGGCCUUCUGGCUUCUGGUCGACCUGAACAGAUGCCGAGUAGUCACGGAUCUCAUCAGUCUCAUCCGCCAGCGCUUCGGCUUCAGUUCUGGGGCCCUCUUGGGCCUCUAUUUGGAGGGGGGGCUCUUGCCCCCCACCGAGAGCGCGCGCCUGGUGCGAGACAACGACUGCCUCAGAGUUAAAUUAGAAGAGCAAAGAGUUGCUGAGAAUCCUGUGGGAGUCAGUAAUGGUGACAGUACUCAUUUAUUACCUAGAAAAGCAAAGAAGCGGGCAUUUGAGUUGGAGGAAGAUGAAGAGGCUGAAUUAGGUUACAGAAAUUCAAAGAAGCAUUGGAAGAGUCAAGAGAACAACAGUGAGACAAUGUUGGAUCUAGAACCAAAAGUUGUCACACAUCAGAGUGUAAGGAAAAAAAACAAGAGGAAAAGCAAAGCUGCGUGGAAUGUAGUGGAUGGUGAAGAAGCGACCAAAAGAAAGGCACCCAAGAAAAAGGAGAAAUGUGGAUAUAAAAAACAGACAAAGAAUCCCAAGUCUUCUAAAUCACAGACAGUGAAAGAAUGGGCUGCCCAGAACUGUAGUUCCUCAAAAGGUUCCCCUGCUAGAAACAGCUUUGUUAAAGCCAGAAAGAAAGUUGGUGUGGGCAUUCAUGUAAAAGAUAGUCCCAGUUACUCCUCAGAGUCUGAGUCUAAUCAUGAGUCCACCAGUGAUGGGCUCAGCAGUGUCACUGUGGAGGUUGGAAAUUCCUCAGAGAAAGUAUCAGCAGAGUUAUCAAAGGAAGGACUCUCUACAAAAAACACAACUGCAAACAAAGGGGCUACAAAAACUGACUUUAAUGCUACUGCCAUCAAGGGCCAGACAACCAGAACAUCAUCUUCUAGUUCAGAAUCAGACGACCAAUGUGUGACGUUAAAGAGCGCCCUGGAGCGUGCUGCAGAUUUCCGAAAGACAGUAGGCCUCUUCACAGGCUGCCCAGGCCCAGGGCCGUCAUCACAGCCUCCAAAUACUGCUGGAUGGAAGUACUCUGACUCAAAGGGUGGCAGACAGGCUCCUGGUCCUCCCAAUGUGACUCUCCCCACCAGUUUGGGAAGAGGUUGGGGCAGAGGAGAGAACCUUCUUUCUUGGAAGGGAGCUAGGGGUCGGGGCAUGCGGGGGAGAGGUCGAGGACGGGCACAUGCUCUUUCCUCAGCUUUAAAUAGAAACGCUGAAUUUCAGAAGCAGCAGCAAUUAAACGAUAUGGUAACAAACACAUCUACUAUUAUUCAGAAUCCAGUUGAGACACACAAAAAGGACUACAGUCUGUUACCGCUGUUAGCAGCUGCUCCUCAAGUUGGAGAAAAGAUUGCAUUUAAGCUUUUGGAACUAACAUCUGAUUAUUCUCCUGAUGUCUCUGACUACAAGGUAAGGCCAUUUAUUUAAAAAUAACUAAGUGUCAGUAUAUUAAAGAAGCUAAAG